ACGGAAUAAAACUAUAAAACUCUGCCGGAAGACUCUAAAUUUCACAAUUUUUCCAACUUUCCAUUGGCUCUUCGCUUCUUCUUCUUCUCCGAUUUUCCGAGUGAGGUGUGUUCGGACGACUAGCAGAAGCAGCAGCCAUGCCGUCGCAGGAGUACAUGGACAAGUUGCAGGCUCGCCAGAACUACCGGAAUUUCUGGCACUCCGACCUCAUGGGCACAAUUCAGGCCGACACUCCCUAUUGCUGCUUUGCGGCGUUCUGUGCGCCAUGUGCAUCAUACUUGCUCCGGAAACGAGCACUUUAUAAUGACAUGUCAAGAUAUGUAUGCUGUGCUGGUUAUAUGCCCUGUAGCGGAAGGUGUGGGGAAAGUAAAUGUCCUGAAUUCUGCCUGGCAACUGAGGUUUUCCUGUGCUUUGGGAAUUCAGUGGCCUCAACCCGCCAUCUGUUACAAGAUGAAUUCAAUAUACAGACAACGCAGUGUGAUAAUUGCAUCAUUGGUUUCAUGCUCUUCCUAAAACAAAUUGCGUGUAUCUUUUCCAUAGUUGCGAUGAUUGUUGGAAAUCAAGAAAUCUCACGGGCAUCUCAUUUGUUGAGUUGUCUGUCUGACAUGGUGUACUGCACGGUCUGUGCAUGUAUGCAGACACAGCAUAAGAUUGAAAUGGACAAACGAGAUGGCCAGUUUGGACCGCAACCUAUGGCAGUGCCUCAGUUUCUGCAGAUGUCUCGCAUUGAUCAGUGAGUUCCACCCUCAGUUGGAUAUCCACGAUCUGGCCGUUAAGUCUAGCUGAUUUUUAACAUAUUUAUGCAUCCAAUCUAUGGCGGGCGUUUUAUUGUGUUGUGUUACAUGUUGGUUUGCAAGUAUUGUCACUUUGAAGUUCCAACUUGUGUGUCUUCUUAGAUAUACUUGCACGAGGGUUGAC